GCCCUGAGUCGGAAGGUCGGGCGAGCGAGCGUGCGUGCGGGCGGCAGGCACGGGAGGAACUUGGGACCAUGGACAAGAUCCGAAUUGCUGUGAUUGGAGCUGGUGUUGUGGGAUUAUCUACUGCCAUAUGUAUAGCGGAGUCUAUUCCAGGUUGCUCCGUUACAGUGAUUGCGGAAAAGUUCUCUCCACACACGACCAGUGAUGUAGCUGCAGGAAUCCUCAGCCCACACUUCUCUCCAGAGACACCAGUCGAUCGUCAGAAGCGCUGGUUUGAAGAUACAUUUGCUCACAUCUUCUCUAUUGCACAGUCAGCAGAAGCACCUGUUAUAGGUGUACAGUUCUUGUCGGGGUGGGAGAUAUUUAAAGAGCCUCCUAAGGAACGUAUCCCAUUCUGGGCUGACAGUGUGCUAGCAUUUCGGAUUAUGAAUGACAGUGACCUGAAGAGGUUUCCACAGGUCACAUUUGGCUGGACGUACACCACUUUGCUUUGCGAAUGUACCUACUACUUACCUUGGUUGGAGAAACGGUUAAAGAAUGCUGGUGGCCAAUUGCAGGCUGGGAAGAUCACGGAUUUCUGGGAGCUUGAUGGAAAAUAUGACAUUAUUGUGAACUGCUCAGGUAUUGGAGCCAGGGCACUUACUGGGGAUAUGAAAAUAUAUCCAGUAAGGGGCCAAAUCUUUAAAGUUCAUGCUCCUUGGCUGAAACACUUUGUCCGCUUAGGCAAUGAGAACACUUAUAUCUACCCAGGAAUCUCCAGCGUUACUCUGGGUGGAACAAGGCAGAAGGAUGAUUGGCAGAUGUCAGUUGACCCGUGUGACAGCAAGGCAAUUUUCGAGGCGUGCUGUGCUUAUGAACCAAGUCUCAAGCUCGCCCGUACAUUAUUUGAAGGAGUGGGCCUGAGGCCAACCAGAGCAGUGUUGAGGCUGGAAAAGGAGAAGCUGGAACGUGACGGGCGCCUGAUGCAAUUGGUGCACAAUUACGGCCACGGUGGGGCUGGUGUUUCCUUCCACUGGGGAACAGCGAAGGAAGCUGCCCAACUGGUGCAGGAGUGUGCAAUGGAACUGAGAUGUCGGCCCAUCCACAACAAGUGCAAACUGUAAACAGGAAGUCACUAAAUCACCUUUCUAUUAUGGCAACUUUGGUGUCAAAAUAAACAACAUAUCAGCAGAGGUAAUUCUGUCAAUGCCUGUAUUCCAGCUAAUAAAUCAUAAGUAUAAUCACAGAAUAUACAAUUUGGAAAACAAAUUCAUUUGGAAGAGUAUUCUGAGGAUGGCGUUAUGCAUGUUUCCACAGUAAUUCGGUGGUGUGUCUAAUUUGGGCAAUAAGCUGGAAAUGUACCAAACAAAUCCAUACAUCAGCAUCUUUAAUUUAGUCAUCAGUGAUUGUGUUUUUACUUUGUGAUCAGCACUUUAUGCAUUUCUAAUUUGUAUCUAUUGUCUUAAUGCGUCAUUGUUUUAAUGCCUGAUGUGGGAAUUUAACAAAAGUGUUAA